GGAAGCGCGUGUGUUUGACUUAAAGGGGAAUGCACUAUGUAGUGAGCGCCAUAGCUCUAUUCUGCACGUCAUUUCAUACAAAAAGAAGAAAAUCGGAAUAAGGUUAAGAAGUGAAUACGAACACCAAAGGGAAAUCACACUGCCCUGUGUGAGAUGUCCCAUUUUCCAAUGUAACCUGGAUGCACGGGCUCGGUUUUUUCAGGACAGCUAGAACCCUCUGUAGGACUUUCCAUCUGUGCCAGACACAAGGUACACGUCCACUCCAGCAGUGCAGCCGCCCUCUGAUCCAAGCUUUGGCUUGGGGCUUUGCCUUGACAGAAAGACAACCAUCAAGACACUUCGGUCUCACGUCUUUAUCUUACUUUGCCGUCUCUCGGGCCGUGUGGCAGGACGACCGUUCGACCAUGGCAGAGCAGAGAUUCUGCGUCGAGUAUGCAAAGCGAGGCCAGGCAGGUUGUAAAAAGUGCAAGGACAAGAUCAUGAAGGGGUUGCUACGCAUCGGGAAGAUUGUGCCUAACCCGUUCAGUGAGUCUGCUGGAGAAAUGAAGGAGUGGUAUCACGUAAAGUGCAUCUUCGAGAAGCUUGAACGCGCACGGGCCACAACCAAGAAGAUCGAGGACAUUACUGACCUGGAUGGCUGGGAGGAAUUGCAGAAUGAGGAUAAAGAGCUGAUCAAUAAGCUUGUAGCAGAUCUAGCUGCUAAGGCUAACGCAAGUCCAAAGAAGAAGGUGCAAGCCAAGUUAAACACCAGUGGGCAGAUAUCAUCCCCUCUUGCCGAUCCGACAGUGAACGCGCCACGCAAGUUUUCCGGCUUCACAGCAACAAAGGCAGGUCCCUCCUCAUCGAGCCCAGGACCGUCUCCUGCCAAAGCCUCUCAGGGCAGCAUCUUGUCUGCUCAGUUUUGCCAGCCCGACCAUAAGGACUGCUUGUUCCGCGAGUUCCGAAAGCUUUGCGCCAUGGUGGCUGAAAAGUCUAGCUACAACGCGAAGACAGAGAUCAUCAAAGACUUCCUAAAGAAGGGUUCUGGCGGAGACAAGUUUAUGGGCGAUCUCUACCUGACAGUGAAGCUGCUCCUCCCAGGCGUCGUGAAAAGCGUUUACAACCUCAACGACAAGCAAAUUGUGAAACUUUUCAGCCGCAUCCUUAACUGCAACCAGGACGACAUGGUGCGCGACCUAGAACAGGGAGACGUCUCAGAAACAGUGCGGAUGUUUUUCGAAGAUUGCAAGUCUUUUCCUCCUUCAACCAAGAGUCUGCUGACUAUCCAGGAAGUGGACGCUUCUCUAACACGCUUGGCUAAGCUUACUAAAGAAGAUGAGCAGCAGGCAGAGCUGGAGGCCAUUGCAAAAAAAUGCACAGGGAACGACUUGAAAUGUUACAUUCGUCUAGUGAAACAUGACCUGAAGAUUAAUUCUGGUGCCAAACACGUCCUGGAUGCUCUUGACCCCAACGCCUACGACGCCUUCAAAGCCUCUCGGAACCUUGGUGACGUGGUCGAUAGAGUCCUGCGCAAUCAGGAGGAGGCGUCCAAUGGAGGGGGCCCGAGAAAGCUCUUGAGUAUCGAGGCCACGCUUAUGACCCCCGUGCAGCCAAUGCUGGCAGAAGCCUGCAAGUCCGUUGAGUACGCCAUGAAGAAAUGCCCCAAUGGAAUGUACUCGGAGAUCAAGUACGAUGGCGAGCGCGUGCAAGUGCACAAAAACGGAGAUCAUUUCAGCUACUUCAGCCGCAGCCUCAAACCUGUGCUGCCUCACAAGGUGGCGCAUUUUAAAGAGUUUAUUCCUCUGGCGUUUGCCGGAGGCCACAGCAUGAUUCUAGACGCUGAAGUUCUCCUGAUUGAUACCAAGACUAGUAAGCCUCUACCGUUCGGGACGUUAGGUGUUCACAAAAAAGCGGCGUUUCAAGACGCACAAGUCUGCCUGUUUGUUUUCGACUGCAUUUAUUUCAAUGGCGUCAGUCUUAUGGACAAGCCGCUCUGCGAGAGAAGAAAAUUUCUUCAUGACAACAUGGUGGAAGUUCCGGACAGGAUUCUGUUUUCCGAGAUGAAGCACGUCACAAGAGCUGCUGACCUGGCUGAAAUGAUCACACGAGUCAUCAGAGAGGGACUGGAGGGACUCGUUCUGAAAGACGUCAAGGGGCUGUAUGAACCUGGGAAACGCCACUGGCUGAAGGUGAAGAAAGACUAUCUGAAUGAAGGAGCAAUGGCCGACACUGCAGAUUUGGUGGUUUUGGGGGCAUUUUAUGGAACAGGUUCAAAAGGUGGAAUUAUGUCCAGUUUCCUCAUGGGUUGCUAUGAUCCUGACUCAAAGAAAUGGUGCACGGUGACGAAAUGCUCCGGGGGCUACGACGACGCCACACUAGCCAGACUGCAGAAGGAGCUGGACGUUAUUAAAAUUGGCAAGGAGCCCAGCAAGAUCCCACCCUGGCUAAAAAUAGUGAAGAACUACUAUCCGGAUUUUCUCAUUCGAGAUCCUGAGAAAGCCCCAGUUUGGGAGAUCACAGGAGCAGAGUUCUCCAAGUCGGAAAUGCACACGGCCGACGGCAUCUCCAUCCGUUUUCCACGCUGCACUCGGAUGCGUGACGAUAAGGACUGGAAGACGGCUACCAACCUUCACCAGCUCAAGGAACUUUACCGAGUCUCGAAGGAGCGGUGCGACUUUGAGGUGACACCAGGACCGUCUACAAGCAUCAAAGAUGAAAAGGAGUCGUCAGGAGGAGACAGCGGUGGUGGCUCACCGUCCACCUCCAAUGAAGCAGCAAGUUCGACGAAAGCCAAAAAUGGUCACACUCCAAAGCCAAAGCCGGUGAAACCCAAGAAACCUGCAACUCCGGCUCCUGCCAAGAGGAAGCUGCCUGCUAAGGAACACGAAACAAAGAAGAUUAAGGUCGAAACCGUUCGCAGCAACGGGCAAAGCAAAGCAAAAGCCUCUCCGUCUAAAGCAGCUGACCCACAGUCUGAAAAGACCCUGCUGAACAUCUUCACCGGUGUAAAGCUGUACCUCCCGGAGUCGGUACCGGAGUUCGACAAGCUGCGGCGCUACUUUGUGGCGUACGACGGCGAUCUAGUUCCCGAUUUCGCCGCCGCCUCUGCAACACACACGCUAGCCGAGCCAGAGGAGAACAGUCAAGCCCAGAAAGUCAGCUCCAACUGGAUCUGGCAGUGCAUCAGGAAAAGAAGAGUGGUUCCCCCUUGCUGAAAGACAGAACCGUCCUGACCUGGGGGAAAAAAACAAAAACAUCUACAGGACACAUUUUACUUUUGAAAUGGUUUCUCAACAAUGGUGCUUUUACAAAAAAAAAUAAUAAUAAAACUUUCCCCUUGUGUAAUGUAUGGAUAGCAUCAUAAGCUUUCCACUACUUCCAAACAGGAUCAGGUCUUUCUUAAUAUGUGCAGCAGAAGCCAUCACUGAUCAUCUUGUACACACUGUUUGGAUAGAUAGAGGUUUUUUAUUAUGCAGAAUUUCUUUUUUUUUUUUUUUUUUAAUGGAAUAAGAAACUGGUUUUCUAGAACAGGAGAGAAUGUAGCUUGCCUAUGCAAAGCAUCACACACACACACCCACACACACCCACCCCCUGGGCCCUGUUCUUGGUGAGUUAUCUAGAUCAGCUAGGCUUGCUGAUGAUUUCUCACUUUCCAGGAUUUGUCCAGCUCAUAAGCAGGUGAAGGUUUACACUGUAUAGUUUUCAGCGCCAUUUCCUAAAUUCACACGGUCUAAAUUUAGACAUUUUAAACGUGCUCGUGCCAUGAUCACACUAAACUUCACUAAACUACUCGAGUCCGCCGGCGCCGUCGAGCAACCCGACUGGAAGCGCUAUGAUUAGUCAGUCUUAUCUGUAGUCCAUUAGAGGCGUCUUAUCUUGGAUUUCCACAGCAACGUAAUAAGAAUGGAGUUCUUUCUGUUUGCAAUGGAGAUCAUUUUUAUACACUAACAAAAAACAAAACAACGAAACAUGAUGCGGUAUGUCACGUAGUUUGGAACAGCGUGCAUUAUUACACAAUGUGUCUGUUUCUAAAAGACUAGCAACAAAUGUCAGAUUGAACCUUUUUAACGCUUGAAUGACUUCCGUGACGUAACAAAACCGAACACUUCUCAAUACUAAAGUAAACACCCUGUCUCAUUGACCGCUGUGUUUUUCCAUUUACAACCAAAUUGGAAAUAAAAAGACUCAUGAGUUAUUAAUUCCUUCUUGGUGGUGAAUAGAAUUUUAAUACCACAGUACAGAUCUGAUUCAUUUUCUAUUUCAGCAAGGUUUAUAUCAACAUAAAAGUUUUAUUCGUAUGUAGGUACAGUGACUAUAGUAACAACUGACCCAGGAUAAAGCUGUAAACAGAAAAUUGUAAUCGUUGGCAAAUUUCUGUGGUAAAAAAAGGAAUAAAACGUUUCAAGGUGUGCUGUAUAAUCAA